UAUGGCUGCCCCCGUCCCCUCACACCCCACCAGUGAUAAGUGCUGCCCCCACCCCCGCCCCCUCACAUCUCACCAGCGACAAGUGCUGCAAACCAACACCCACUGGUGUUGUCGAUACUGGCGACAAGUGAUGAAGACGAGCGGUGGCCGGCGUUGGGGCGUUGUAACCACGGCGAAAAGUUAUGGAGAUCUGGCCUUUUGUUUUUGAAAGCAGACCCAAUUUUGCUGCUAACGCCUUCGUUUUUUGCUGAAACAUUCAUUUUUUUUCUUGCUACGAUGUGUUUUGCUUUUUGCUGGAACCAACUUCAAGACGGCAUGGGGAAAAAGCUUCUACCCUGGGAAGAAAAAGCUUCAAUCGGGUGUGAAAAAGCUUCAUCCGGCUGCAGCAAAAGCUUCAAGUGCCAUGAGGAAAAAGCUUCCACCGUAGGAAAAAAGCUUCAUUGGUGAAAAAAGCUUCAACCGGUGAUUUAAUUUGCUGGAACCAAUUGAUGUUUUUGUUGGAACCAAUUUUCUUCAUGAGGUGCGGCGGCGAGACAUUUUUUAUUUUUGCUGUAUUUGUGCUUUUUCCUGGAACCAUCAAAUGAUUUUGCUACAAGGAGCUUUGAUUUUUGCUGGAACCGCCUGAAGCGGAGGAAUACAUUUAAUUUUUGCUGGAACCUCUUUCAAUUUUUGCUACAACUGGCAAUCACAAAAGCUACAAUCGGGGAUCAAUUUUGCUACAAUGGCGACAGGGUGGUGGCACGGACGAGCUAUGUUUGCUGGAACCAGCACAAUUUUUUGUUACUACCGGCGGUCAAAUUUGUUGCCACCAGCAAACUCAAAGGAAAGCCCUUUUUUCGUGAGCUCGUCGCCAGGGUGUUGCGACCAGCGACCGGCGCUACUGGAGCUAUGGCCGUCGUAGCGGAGCUACCAUCGCCGGUGAGGGAGCUGCAACCGCGGCCGUAAGUUGUUGCAUGUGUCGAUCCGGCGAGAAAGACAUGAGACGACGACGGCGAGGUCGGCGGCGACGGCGGCCAUGGCGGUGAGACGUUGCCGGCAUCGGGUGGGUGCACAUCCCCGUGCAGCCACGACUCCCAUGUGUGCCCGGUGGCUGGAUUUGAGACGCAGGGGAGGAAGACGCUAUGCUUGUCAUGGCAUCUAAGAUGCGGGGUUAGAAGACGACCUACUGUCACGGGAUCGGACGAUUGGAAUUAGGAAAAUCGGACGGUUGCGGGUUGACCGGCCCAAAUUUGAGCGGUGCGCCGGCGACCCGCCUAGUAAAAAUGUCAUGGCUGUACUGCCCACUAGUACAGCCGAUCUGCUCCUCGUGCGCCUUGUGCACGCGGUUCCUUCGCCUGUAAGGCUCCAACCCCCUGAAAUAACACGCCGUUCCAUCCAACAGGAAGCAAUUUGCAGAUCCAUCCCAUCAUGGAAGCAGACGGCAACGAGAUCUCGCGCCUGCCGGAGGAGCUCCUCGCGUCGAUCAUCUCCCGCACGUCGCCGCCGGACGCCGGACGCUGUGCCGCCGUCUCCCGCUCCUUCCUCGCCGCGGCGGAUUCCGACGCCGUCUGGUCCUGCUUCCUGCCCCGCGACCUCCCACGGUUCGCUGAAGGUGUGCUCCCCCACGCGCCGCCGUCCAAGAAGGGCUUGUUCCGAUGCCUCUCCGACCAACCGGCGCUCCUCCCAGGCAAGCUCGUGGUAAGACCAUAUGCCUCAUACGAGCUGUGAUGCAAUUCCUCUCACAGAUGACGUUAUGCUCCCUCGAAAAAGGGUUGACGGCUGGAUGGAGGUCGAGCUAGGCGAGUUCUACAACGGUGAAAGCUGCGACAGCGAUGUGUCUGUGUGCCUAAAGGAAACCGAAGGAGGAGUUUGGAAGACUGGUCUUAUUGUGUGGGGUAUUGAGAUUAGAACUAAGCAAUGAUGUUGAUGAGCUUGUUGGGUUAAGAACGUCGUCUACAUUCCUUUCUAAAAAACAAUCUGUUUAAGUUGUUGCAAGUGAAACCUUAACUAUCCAUCUAAAUUUUUGAAACAGUUCGUUGGUGAAAGUACAUGUCUGUUGCUAUUCGUAACUCUGUCUUCUUUAUCUAUUUUCAUCUCGACCAAUACAUUGACUAGUAUGUAAAGUCAAGGC